AUGGUGAAGUACCUGGAGCUGCUAUUCAGUAGAUCGAUGCAGGAGGGCAAGUUGCCGCAAGAAUGGAAGGAGGCGGUGGUGGUACCGAUAUACAAUAAGGGGGGUAGCAAAGAGGACCCAGCCAGCUAUAGACCUGUUAGUAUCACAUCGGCAGUGGGCAAGGUGAUGGAGAGUGACAUCCACAGACUUUCUCUAAAUUGUGAGCACCACCACAGGGGUCAGUGGUACGAGUGCACCAUGUGCAUCCCCAAAGUGCGUCUAAGGACACUAAGGGGGGUGCGCACACAUUUCAAGACUGUGCACCCUGGUACUCGUCCCCUGCCCCUGCCGCCACCCAGGGGAGGCGCCUCGCCAUUGCGCCCGGGGCCACCACCUUGGCAGACUCUACGCCUCCUCUUCGUGGCGCACUGCCGGCGCCACCUGGGUCCACCACUGCGCUGGAUGGCACCCCUGUGGCUGGCCCGCCAGGCGUGCCUGUGCCCCCUGGCAGUGAUGCUAGGCCGCCACCUCGGCCUGAGGCACCACCACGUACCCAGUCCCCCCUGGCUGUGCAGUCCGUGCCCCCAGGUGGUGCGUGUCCCCUGUCCCCCUCCACCAGAUUCUGCCUGGGAGUCUGACAGGUCUGAAGAGGAAGAUGUUGAUGGUGCGGGGCUAUCGCAGGAGGAUGCUCCUCUAGCGCCUGCGGCUGCUGCACCCCUGCUGGCGGACCAGAGAGCUGUGCCACGGUGGCUCCAGUGCCGGUGUCUGCCACAUUUCGAGCUGUCCCUGACUGGUCCCGCCUCGAUGGUCGGUGGACAGGAGUGCGACCCCCGGGCGACUCCACGCCGCGUGGUGUCUGCCCGGAGCCGACAUGCUGCUGCGGACACCCCCAGGCCCUGGCGCCUCGACGUCUACGCCCGGCCGCCCAGUCUCCCACAGCCGCCGGAGCCCGCGUCGCCGCUGGUGCAUGCCGACGGCAUCUCCCCGGUCUCUCCUGCCGGUUGCCCCCCAGGCCGGCCUGUGCCACCCGGGGAGCGCAUCGACGUGGCCGUUGCACCUGCGGCCGACCUGUCCGCAAGCCCAGGUGGGGGACCAGUCCUCCCGCCCACUCCACCGCCGCUCCUGCCCCCGCUGCGUCCCUGCCGCCUCAAGCGGCGGCUGCCGACGGCGGGGCAAAUGGCGCCUCGGAUGUGCAACGCGCGGCCCGUCUCCGAGGAGGUCCACCCGCCCCCGCUCACAUCCGCCUUGCUAGAGACGGUGGUGCUUGUGCAUGCGCCCCCUGCUGAGGCCGCGACCCCAUGCCCCACUGAGAUCGAGGGGACCCUGAUGCCAUCUGGCUGGCCCCGGCAGCCGAGCGCAAAGACCGCCCUGUGCCACACGACCGCUGUGCUCCCUCCCUCCUGGACCGGAGGGCUCCCCUGCGGUCGGGGUCUUCUGAUGGCCCGGCUGACCCCGCCCUCGCUCCCCGAGUAG